AACAGUUGCAGCAAAACCACCAAAACCCAUUUCAGAAAUGGAGAGAAGAAGAUCUAUUGCAUUGUUCAUCAUCUUCCUCUUUGUCUUCUGCUUCCCCAUCUCAUCAGAUUCCCAUAAGCUCAGUCCAUCAAUAAGCUUACACGACCAAGGACAAGUCCAUGAAGUUACAAUCAAAGCCACAAAACGAGAAGAAGGUAGGAGCGUUGACAUCUUCCGCGUAGGGACAGGAGGAUCUCAUGGAGUUACAGGUGGAAAAGGUGGAGGCCGGAAAGAAUCUCCAAAACGUAAUGCCGCCAUGGACCUCCGGCCGAAGUUGUUCUUCUCAACCACCUCCGUUCUCUUCACCGGGUUUAUAGUGCUUUCACGAACUUCUUUCGACAUGUCAAUUAGAUUAUUAUGUUGUGCCUGAAUCUCUUAACUUAGAGUUUAACCUAUGUUAUUUGGGUAUUGUAAACUUUGUAUUCUAUCACAUCUUUUAUGGAAUAAGAAGACACUAGAUUUUGACCCGUCCUUAAAAAGGACGGAUAUAUUUUCUGUUGAAAAAAUUAUC